UUCUUUAGGACCCACUUUUUUCUUUCUUCUUUUUUUCUUUCUUCAAUCCUUCUCUUUCUUUGAAAAAAAAGUUUUUUUUUCCUAUAUUUUCUCCAUUUCCCUCCUCAAAGAUCCAACCUUUGCUUCGUAUCCCCGCCAUUAAUGCGACCUCUGAAUCCCGCCGGCGCUCGCAUGCAUGGCGGAAGAGUCUCCGAGGAAAACUCCCCAUCCCCCUCCCCCUCCGCCAUGGCCAGCUCCGAGGAAGCUGCGGUGGAGCCGGAGCCGCCACAGAUGAUGGGGAGAGUGAAGAGAGAGCCGGUGGCGAAGUGCUUGACGUGCCCUCUUUGCCACAAGCUCCUCCGUGACGCCACCACCAUAUCCAUGUGCCUCCACACCUUCUGCAGAAAAUGCAUCUUGGAAAAGCUCAAUGAAGAGGAUAGCUGCCCAAUUUGCAACAUUGAUCUUGGUUGUGUUCCAGUGGAAAAGCUAAGGCCUGAUCACAAUUUACAAGACUUAAGGGCAAAAAUUUUUCCUUACAAAAGAGUAAAGGUUGAAGCUCCUGAAGUUUGGUCUUCUGUCUCAAUUCCUGUCAAAAGGAAAGAAAGGUCACUUUCAUCGCUUGUGGUCACCACUCCUAGAAUAGGAAGUCAGACAGGCUUGACAGGAAGAAGAACAAAAACUUCUAGAAAAGCUGCUGGUUUAUGCAGAUUAAGUCCUGUUAUCAGUGCAACAAUGAAAAAACCACUUGAGACUGUUGCAGACUGUAAAGACAACUUAAUCUUGUCUGAGACACCUGCCAAGAUGACUUUCAUCAGAAAAAAGUUCAGGAAUUCCUCGCAAGAAGAAUCUUCUAAUUCUGCACCAACCAGAAACCAGGGUAAUCAUGAGGUUUCACUUGUUGAUGAAUCUGAGCUUUUGAAACCAUUAAAUUGCCUGGUUGAAGCUGCCCAGAGAAAGAUUGCUCUUACAUAUAGUACGCAGGGUCCAGUUAUCAAGGAAGAGCCAGUUACUGGUCCUGACAACAUGGUACAUAACUAUGAAGGCAAUACUACAGUUAGUCUGAAUGACAAGAAUGUUACUGUUUCCUUGCCUCCGGUUAGGAGAAGAGCUAGAAAAUCUCAUGGAAAUAAUGCAAAGAGUGGAGAGCCUGAAAUCUCUGCACAAGCACUUGUUGAUACUUCAGCAACUAGAAAUGAAACAAGGCUCACUCCACUGUGGUUUUAUUUAGUGGCAUCUACUAAUCUAGGAGGAAGUGCUUCGCUACCUCAAACAUCUUCACCAUACUUGAGAAUUAAAGAUGGAAAUCAACCAGUUUCUCUCAUCCAGAAAUACCUUGCGCAUAAACUCGAUCUUGAAAAUGAAGAUGAGGUGGAGAUUCUGUGUUGUGGCCAGCAACUGAAUUCUGCAUUGGCAUUGAAUGACUUGGUGGUGGAUAUUUGGCCACCAACAGCAUCGUCACAUCGAGUGCAAACACAUGUUGGAGCUUCGGCAAAGGAUUUCGUGAUAUAUCUCUCCUACCGCCGCAAAGUUCCGUCUUCUUAAAUGCAGUACCCACAUUAGUUCAUUUUUCUUACACAAGGGUUUCCAGUAACAUCGGCACCAUCACCACCAUCACUCUUUUGCUUGUGUUCCAUAGUUUCAUGUGCCAUUGUAGAUAUCAUCAGAUAGAUAUAAGCAUUCCUUCAAUGCUGCAAUUUGCGCUGAUAAUUAGUCUAACUGUGAUUAGAACCAGAUAGUGUUCUCCCUGGACUUUCAUUGCUUCCCAUUUUUCCAAAUUAACAGACAGAUCUACAUGUAAAUAUGGGUCAUUUCUUAACGAAUUUUUGCGAUGCUCGUAUCUGAUGCAUGGUUCUUGAU